GAUUCCCGAGGGCUGGACGCAUACAUACAGGCGCUCCUGGUCCAGCGGCUGCAGAAGCCGCGGUUCUCUCGCCAAGGAAGGAGCUCGUUCGCGCAGCAGAGGAGCGCUCGCCAGAUCCUCCCGGGACAAGAGCAGGAAGCUAUUGGAGCAGCAGGCCAUCUCUAGGGAGCAGGAGACAUUCUGGGACUCUUUAUAGACCUUUCCGAUGAAGGACGGAAACAGUGAAAUCUGGAACUUCCUUAGAAACUCUACAUUGUUACAAGAUCCAAUAUGCCACAAACAAGAAUGCGCAUGAGGCCUUGGAUGGAAUUGCAGAUUAAUUCCAAUAAAAUUCCUGGGCUCCAAUGGAUCAAUAAGGAUGAAAAGUUGUUCCAGAUCCCAUGGAAACACGCGGCCAAGCAUGGCUGGGAGCUGGAAAAGGAUGCCUGCCUUUUCAGAAACUGGGCCAUUCAUACUGGGAGGUACAAACCAGGCGAUAAAGAACCUGACCCUAAAACCUGGAAGGCAAAUUUCCGUUGCGCCAUGAAUUCAUUGCCUGAUAUUGAAGAGGUGAAGGACAAAAGCAUCAGCAAAGGUUCCAGUGCUGUCCGGGUCUACAGGAUGUUGGAACCCUCAGCAAAGUCACCAAAGAAAGAGAAGAAAUCAAAGUCCCUGAAAAUCAAGAAUGCAAGAAAGUCAGUGGACGAUUUCAAGACAGAAGAGACAGUCAGUGCAACAAACAGCAUUCAGCUGCCGGAUGACCACAGUAGCUAUGUGCUUCCCAACUGCCAACCAGAGAAAAUGGAAGUGGGGAGCACAUUAGGAGAUCUCUCCUCAUGUAACUUAAACCCUGCUGACUGGGGAUGUUCGCUGGAGCAUCAGCUGCCGGACAGCACAAACGACUUGUAUACAUUUCAAGUGUCGCCCAUCACAUCCUCCUCUGAUGGAACCGAUGAGGAUGAAGAUAAAUUUGCAUCGGGUAACUUGUAUCAGGAGCUACUGUCAUCCACUUGGCAGCCAACCAGUGUUGGUGGGAAAGGUUUCCUGAUCAAUGAGACUGGCAUGUCAAGUUUAUUCUUUGACUUCAGCUUUCAGGAACAAGAUGCUGCCAUUGAUACAACAAAUGCAGAAAUUACAUUGGACAUGAAAACCAGCUUGGAUUUCACAUUUGAGUCCAUUAGACCAAGUUUGCCCACCAUACCUUGUAGCAUGUAAAGCUGUUUUUUGUUUUUGUUUUUUAACCACUAAGGCUGCGCAGUUUUAUUUCUUUUGUCAUCUGUGAAACUGAACCUAAUGGGAAGCGUUGCUAAUACUCUUUUCAAUGUUUAGACCCGAAAGUCAUAUUCAAGAUUACAGCAUCUGCGAAUGAGCAAAAAUAUCUUUGUGGUAGAACUGCGUCCUACUCCGUUGCUUGACUGUAUCAUGAGCCAAUUAAGUCAUUAUUGCUGCUUUCCCACCUUAAUUUGUUCCUACGUUUAAUAUGAUCAGGGCUCAAAGUAUUUUAACAUGCAAUAUACAUGAAAAGGUGCUUUGCACCUUUAACAAAAUGGCAGGUAUUUUCAUCGCACCCAUAGCUUAUACUUGUCAUCACUGCAUACAUCUGGAAGACUGGUGAGGCAAUUACUGACCGAAGACGUUUAGUACAAGUUUGUGCUUUUGCAUUCAACCAAACAUUUCCAUGGGGAUGUCCUUUUUUGUGAUCUGAAGUCUCAGAUCUGGGCCGCAGUUUUGUAAAUAUGUUUCACUCAAUAAUAUGUGAAAAUCAGAUACACAUGUAGUUCUGUGUACUAGGCAUUUCUGAAUUUUACUCAUAGGACAUUUUAGUGGUUUCCUGACAACAUAUUUCAGUUUAUUGUCAUCAGUUUUUCAGAUGGGCACUAUGUUCCACUCUGAAAUAUCUAAUAUUCUGUUUAUUUAUAUGGUGCCAUUAUCAAGAAUCAUCUGAAUGGCUAUUGUUAAGAGUCAACAGAAGUUUCAGUAAAGUGUAUACUUAUGGAGCUACAAGAUAAAGUGUUGGUCUCCACAAAUCAUCAAAUCACUAAGUUGCAGCCUUAGUAGCUUUGUCCCUGUACAUAGUUUUUGUAUAUAAAAGGUUUACAAUUAUUUUAAUUAAAAAAAUGUAUAUAUUG